UUGACAUUUUAAAAGCAUCGAGUCAUUUCAAGUCUCCGACAUCAAAUUUGCAAAUUUCUUCUUUGUUAAAUUAAAUUAAAUAAAUAAAAAUGGUUUUCGGUAACGAUUGGAUGGAUGCUCCAGAAAGCACUGGAACCACAAUCAUGGCGGUGGAAUUUGAUGGCGGAGUUGUGAUCGGAGCCGAUUCACGCACCAGUACCGGCGUGUAUGUAGCCAACAGAGUCACCGACAAAUUAACCAAAAUCUCCGAUAAGAUUUACUGCUGCCGUAGUGGAUCAGCUGCUGAUACACAAGCUAUUGCUGAUAUUGUUGCAUAUUCUUUAAAUUAUCACGAAAACCAAACUGGAGAAGAACCACUUGUCUCUGAAGCUGCUUCAGAAUUCCGUAAUUAUUGUUACAACUAUCGUGAUUCCCUUGUUGCUGGCAUCAUUGUUGCUGGUUGGGACAAAAAGAAGGGCGGUCAAGUGUACUCGAUUCCAUUGGGAGGCAUGUUGGUUCGUCAGGGUGUAACUAUUGGUGGAUCUGGUAGUAGUUAUAUUUAUGGUUUUGUAAGGGAAUUCUAUAGACCCAAUAUGUCCAAAGCCGAUUGUGUAGAAUUUGUCAAGAAAGCUGUUAAACAUGCAAUCUAUCAUGAUGGAAGCUCUGGAGGUGUUUGCCGUAUUGGUGUCAUCACAGAAUCAGGUAUUGAGAGGAGUGUUUAUUUCAAUACUGAAGAUGGAGCUCCAAUUAUGGCUGGAAAUUAAGUCUUUCGUUUUUUUGUAUUUUAAAUUUAAAUGAUUUUCUGGAAUAAAAUGAUAUAAAAGGGA